GGUCUUCCUGCCCACCCGGCCCACGGCGCCCCCGAGUGACCAGGAAAGAAGGAGCGGGCUCCCUACGGAGAGAGGCUGACCUUGCCUGCCUCCGCUCCCCGCUCUCCUCUCCCGGGCGGCGCUUCCUUUCCCGCGCAGAAACGGCUUCUCUUCUCCUUCUCUUUCUGGGGGUUAUAUGACGGAGAAAGGUCUUCGCAGCAAUGGCCUCAGCGACAACCACUCCUCUGCCGACCCCUGGCGCGCAGUUACAAUGCAAACACGCUUGCGUCCACACCGCGAAGAAACUGCGGCAGGCACCGACGCCUCCUGAUGACGACAUAAGGAUCAGGAGCAGCCGUCUCUCUCCGCCAAUCGGCAAGGUGCUCAGUCCUCGUGCCGUCGUUGUGGCAACGCAGGGAACGCGGACGAAGGCAGGUCGCUACCUCUACCGCCGACGCGAGUCUUGCUGGAGCGGGGGCCGAGGCUGCUCUUCCCCUGCGCCCGCGAUGGAUCCUUGCCCGGCGGCCUCCUUGCUGGCGCUCGCCCAGAUGCUCUCCCCGCCGGCGGGCGACGAGGACGAAGAAGGCGGCGGCGGGAGCAUCGACGGGGUGAGCAGCGCAGGCCCAGGGAGUAUUGGGCCCCCGAAGGCAUCGGCAACUCCAGCCACCACACAAGUCAAAUCUGGGGACAGCAAAGAGAUCUGGAACCCGGAUGAAGUGCCAGAGGGGUCCGAGUAUGACGACGCCUGGGACUCCAGGGAACAGCCUGAAUACGAAAUUUUGUUCAAGCAGCACGUGGUGGCUGAAGACAUGUUCCUGGGGAUGAGCAGGAAGGACCCCUCCUCAGCCUGCUGUGAGGACAUGCUGAUUAAAAUCAAACUGCCAGACACAAAAGCUUCAGACAUUACCCUUGAUAUCCGGGAAACGGUUCUGGAUCUCCGGAGCCCCCAGAAGUUCCAGCUUCAGAUUUCCCAUUUUCCAGGAAGCUCUUCUUGCACUUGCCUCACCCUGUGGACACCAAGAACGGAAAGGCCUGCUUCCUGUCUGAAAAGGGCACUCUGGAAGUCACCUUGAGGAUGAAACGAGAGUUUGAUUUCAUCAACUUUGCUUAAAGGGGAAGAGAAACAGUCCCAUGAAAGGAUAUGUAGCGAAGGACCAGAAAAAAGCCAACAGACUUCUCCAUUUGGCAGACUGAGCAGGAAGGAUGGGCUCUUUCCCCCCAUGGCUUCCAAAUAUGCUGCUGCAGUGCCUCCUGCCCUAGACGCUAGCUCCCCUUCCCUGGAUUCUGGGAUGAAAAUCUUGCUGGGGAAGCCCUUCCAGCCUCUUGUGAACUUUCCUUCAGCUCAGCUGCUGUUCCCAGUGGAGCUUUGUACUUGCAUCUACCGCAAGAGGUGAGGCUUUUACCGUCAAACAGAGCUGGGUCUCCUGAAGUCCAGCCCAGGAUGGUCAGAUGUCUACCUGGAAGUGUUGACCGCUCUUGUUCUGACAGUUUGGUGCCUGUUUUAUGGGUAAUUAACCCUAUUUUUUCCAUCCUGUAGCGUGUAUGUGUAUCAAUAUCCUUUUGAGAAGAUCCGCACAUAGAAGCAGACAAGGGUUUGGGGUGCAUUUUCAAGGCUGCCAUGCAGAACACAUUUCCCAGAUAUCAGUUUAUCCCAGCCAUUUGCUUGGCCCUGGCUAGGUGGACCAAUUUCAGGAAUUUCCCUGUUGUGAGCACAGACACUGACAAGGUGCCAGAAUAUAACUGAAAGUUCAGCUUAACAGCAGGAAAUUGCCACUGUGCAGGGAUAACCAGGGCAGGAAAUGCAGCAGUUGCUGCCAAGCCUGAUCCUGGGAGCUAAAUGGCAGAAGAGCCUUUGCAAAGUGGGGUCAAUCACACCUGACACACUGGGGAGGAAUCCUGACACUGCCACAUAACACAGCACCCCAGGAAGAGAAACAUGUUCCCAAACAGAUAAAAAGAGGAAACCAGGCAACGGGAAGAGGACUUGCCAGGAUUUGGCUGGGUUCCUUGGCAGAUGUAAGCAGGGCCAAGACAUGACAGCCAGGAAAAAUAUUACCAGGGAAGGGUGUGUGUGGAACUGCUACAGAUGUUCACAGGCAUCCUCUGGUUCUUCUCCAGAGAGGAAAGGGGGGGCUAGGGUUGUAUUAGCAAUGGAAAUGUUGGCGUGUGCCUCUUCCACCAUUCCUAGGGUGCUCUCAGUAAAGGGGACUUGCUGCUACAGACUCCAAAUUACCACCAGGGCAAAGGAACAGAAUCAUAUCAACUGCCAAGGGUGGUAGCAACUGAGCUGCAGCUAUAAGAGUUUACACCACAUACGGUGCCAGAGUUGUGGCUGCAGGGGUGGUGCUUUUUAAUGUUGAUUUAACACCAUCUGUAUACCGGGUGUCCAUUGGUAUUCAUUACCACAGUUUGCAUUUGUGUUCAGAACACACUCCCUGCACCCCUUGUCCUUUUUUGCAGCCACAUCUGUAACUUCUGUGUGCCACCUGCCAUCACUGCGGAAGAGGCCAUGCAUAAUAAUUAUAAUAAAAUUUUAUUUUUAA